AUGUUAAAAAUCUAUCAUGCAUCUUCAUUGUUAGGAACUGUAUCGGUCGGUGAUAAACGAGAUGAAAUUAUUUCUUGGGUUUUUAGUACCCUUCAUAGUUUUACUCAGCCUAGUGAGAGCGACCCUUACGAAUGCCUAAACCACUGUAUUACUCCAAAUUUUCAAUGCCACAAUGGAAGAUGCGUUGCACGAUCUAAACUUUGUGACGGAAUCAACGAUUGUGGUGAUGCUAGCGACGAAUCUAUAGUACAGGUCUGUAAGAUGUGGCCAAAAAUAAGAGUAGCCCAGCCUUUCGUCCGUGCUAAAGCAGGCAAUAAAUUAUGGCUUACCGCCUUGGUUCCUCAUUUGACCGACAGUUUUCAGGUUUCUUGGUAUGUCCUUCAUGAAUCAAGCAAGCAAAAAGGAGACUGUUUUGAGGAAAAAUACAUUGGUACAGGUACCAAUAUAACAGACAAAGAAGAAUUUCAAAAAAUUUCCUUACAUCAUCAGGAUGAUCACUAUUCUUUGGAACUGGAUGAAUGCAGACCAGAGGACGCCGGAGAGUACCAAAUUCGAAUCGAACCAAAUUUUGAUUAUUUGGAUAAACUGGCUGGUCAACAUAAAUAUAGCAAGAAUGCGUUUUACAUUAAAAAACCCACUUACAGUCAAACAGUUAUAAAUGUAAAGAUCAUUUGA